CAUUUCUUCCCUCGGCACGCAACUGAUUAUAUGAUUACCCCAGAUCUACAGCACCAUGUAUGGCAAACCAUGCUACAUGGAAGACUAUUUUUUGCGCCGAUUAUAGAAACCGCCAAGGUGUUGGAUAUAGGGACAGGCACAGGCAUAUGGGCCAUCGAGUUCGCCAGACAGUAUCCAAGCACGACCGUGAUAGGGACCGACAUCAGCCUCAUCCAACCGACAGAAAACCUCCCGUCAAAUUGCAGAUUCGAGCGUGAAGAUGCCGAGGACCCGUGGAUAUUUGAUAUACCUUUCGACUUUAUCAGGUGGCGUCUUAUGGCUACUAGUUUCAGCAAUCACCAGCACAUGAUUUACAAAGUAUACUCCAAUUUAGCCCCCGGCGGAUGGGCAGAAUUCCACGAGUGGGCGUUCGAGAUCAUACCGGAGAGCGCUGCUGCUCACGAGGCUUAUCAGGGCUCCGCGCUGAAGAGGUGGUUGGAAUAUAUACUGGCUGGGGCUGCAGCUCUGGGAAGAGAUUUCCGUGCGCCUUUGCAGUAUCGGCCAUGGAUGGUCGAGGCUGGUUUUACAGAAAUCGCUGUGAGGCGGUUCAGCGCUCCUCUGAAUAAAUGGCCACUCGAGCACAAUGCUCGUACUUUAGGGAGCAUGGCUUGUAUAAAUUGCCUGCAGCUAGUGACGAGUGUGACCAAGAUACUCCUAGCAGGUGGUCUAUCACUGGAAGAGCUUCCCGGCUUCAUAGAUGAAGUUCGAGCGGACAUAAGGGACCAAAACAUGCGGGUCUACUUUCCUGUUUAUGUCACCUACGGCCGGAAGCCAGAGACACCAGUUCAACACUACAGCAGCGAGCAUUCUUCUAGAUACAUCCAACUCAAUGACUAA